AUUGCAUAUCAUCCGCGUGCACGUCUACGAACCUGCAGAACCUGACCAUCUUAUCAAACACGAGCUUGAGGAAAUGUCGAGCGGCGAAGAACCGAUUGAGGAAUCUAAUGGAGAUUCAUCGGUGAAUGUGACGCUAAAUCUCAAAGAUCGAUCAAAGAAAAUGGUGAAGACGAAGGAGAAGACGAAGCAGAUCUUGUCGGAGCAUGCAGAUAAGAUUGCCAAACGGGCUGAAGAGCAUGAGACCUUCAUCACCAAGGUUACUCAUCUACUUGGUGUUCUUGGGUUUGGGGCAUUUUGCUUUAUUUUGGGUGCAAGGCCACAAGACAUUCCUUAUGUAUACUGUGUGUUCUAUGUCACCUUUGUUCCACUUCGGUGGAUUUACUACCGUUAUAAGAAAUGGCAUUAUUAUCUUUUGGAUUUUUGCUACUACGCUAAUACAAUAUUCAUAAUCACAAUUUUCUUUUAUCCUCAGAAUGAAAAACUUUUCAUGGUUUGUUUCUCAUUUGCAGAGGGCCCGUUGGCAUGGGCAUUGAUUGUUUGGCGAUGUAGCCUUGUUUUUAGCUCUGCCGAUAAAAUCGUUAGUGUCUUCAUACAUCUCUUACCUGGAUUGGUUUUCUUCACAAUUCGGUGGUGGGAUCCUGUUUAUUUUGGAGCCAUGCAUCCAGAAGGAAAUGACCGUAGAGCUUCAUGGCCUUACGCAGAAAGCAAAUCCUACCUCUGGACAUGGCUUUUUUUGGUCCCCUUGAUAACAUACACUCUCUGGCAGAUUCUCUAUUUUCUCAUUGUUGAUGUGUUACGCCGCCAAAGAUUUUUAAAAGAUCCUGAGGUCAUGACUUCUUACAGGGAGCUAUCAAAAAAAGCCCAGAAAGCAAACAACAUGUGGUGGCGUCUGAGUGGGUUGCUUGGGGACGAGAACCGCCUGUUGAUGUACAUUCUUCUGCAAGCAGUGUUUACUAUGGCAACCACGGCACUGACCGUACCCAUAUUUUUAUCAUACGAGUUGCACGUGACCUUUCAAAUCCUCAAGAUCUCUGCAUCUACAUGGAACGGAGGGAACUUUUUGGUAGAAGUGAUGCCCAGACAGGCAAUUCUCAAGCAGCAACAGCAGAAGCAGAAAUCGGAGAUCACUACUUCUGGCCAGUAGCAAGUAGUUGUUCUAGUGAUUAAUGUCCUGUCUAUCCUCUGAAACUAACCCCAGCCCCUUUGCCCUGCUCAAGGGCCCUUCCUGCUGCUGGCUUUCCCCUUCUCCUCCCUCCAACCUCCAACAUCAAUGGGAAAGACCAGAAGACUAGAUUCUUCACUGAAAACAUCUAGGGGAAAAACAGUUUCAAGCAGCUGGGGCGAACACUACAAAAAUUAACCAUUAUGCUGUUGUCAUGUAUUGCCAUUUUAGAAAAUUCAACAAGUACAUACGAAGCAUGCUUAUCUAUAUUUCUUACAUCCACAGCUUUUCGAAAUUGAAAAACCUUUUCGGAAUAUGUAACUUACAUAAACAUCCAAUUCCAUCGUAAUUACACAUUUUAUACUGAGCGUUGUUGCGUACAACACCAAAAACACUUUUGUCGCAUGUGCCGUUCUUUUUCUUUCUUUGCCUUUUGCAUUCUACACCACGUUUUGCAGGUUGCAGCAGACCCAAAUGAAUAGUUGACGCAAUAAAAGUGUUAUAAAUGUUUGUAUCAGUUAAAAGUAGUGUGCUCACCGUUCUCACAUUAAGCAUAGUUCUUAUUCAUUUACAAAUACACACACAGACAAUUCUCGAAGUAGAGGUUGCCUGUUUUGAUUUGUUGGGUAUCGCCGUAUUGGUGUAGAUGUAGCGGACCGGCUGAACAUUUAUCCACUUUGGAUAUUGGCCCCGGCCCAAACUAAUCGGUCUGUUGGGUUGGUGGCUAAGUUAGGCUUUCAGAAUAACUUUAGCUGGAAAUCGGAUGAUCAUUUACCAGCCGAGCUUCGUGGGGUGUUAAAGUUGGAUGAGAUGUUAGUUCCUUAUACUUUUUGGUCUGUUUGUUUUGAUUUUUUUUACACUUUGUCAAAAGGGAAUGCCCUUUCUCAGGUUUUGGCUUGGUCCCCCUCGCUUUUUGUAAGUGUUUGCAAUAUUUUUAUAAUAUUCGACAGAUAUUCCCCGGUAUCUGUCCCACCAACUUAGGUGGUUUACCUACCGGGUUAAAAAAAAGAAAAAAUACACACACACACACACACAAAUCUUUAGGUCCAGAAUUCUGGACUAGAACCGCCGUCUAGGCGGUGGUGUUUGGGCCACUUUCAGGUGUAAGUUUUUGGUGAAAAUUUUUGGGGAUGUUAUUUGAUGGUACCAUGGACCCGAACCAUGGUCCAAUUACGG